AUGGCGGCGGCUUCGUCGUCGUCAGCAGGCAGCUUCGACGGGCUCAUGAACACGGUCAUCAAGAAGAAGCUCGGCAUCAUCCCAAAGGAUCUCAAGUGGGGCGAGCAGUCAGACGACGUGUUCGAUGCUCUGGCUGGAGACUUCAUGAAGCCCAGGAUACAGGAGGUGGACCAGCUCCUCAAGCUCGGCGUCAAUGUCACCGUCUACAGCGGACAGCUCGACCUCAUCUGCGCGACCAAAGGCACCAUGGACUGGGUUCAGAAGCUCAAGUGGGACGACCUCAACAGUUUCCUGAGCUCUCCUAGAACGCCCAUCUACUGCAACAAGGAGGGGCAGUCCGGCACCCAGGCCUUCGUCAAGUUCUACAAGAACCUCAACUUCUACUGGAUACUCGAAGCCGGACACAUGCAUGGUUCAUUAUAUAUGAGUGCUGCUUUCUUUCUAGAUAGCAUGCCUGAAUGA